AUGAACUCUGUCAGGGGCUACCAGCAGGGCUUCUUCGGCUGCCUGAACAACCCGAUUGUCUGCCUGGCCUCCUGCUUCUGCACCUGCUGCACCGUCGGUUACGCCGUCGGCCAGGUCAACAGCACCUCCUUCGACCUCUGGUCUUGCCUGUGCCCCCACAUCGGUAUGUACCGUCUGCGCCGCACUGUCCAGACCAAGUACGGCAUCAACGAGUCUGAGGAUGCCUCCAUGGUCGCCACUGCCUGCCUCGGCUGCUGCUCCGUCGCCCAGGACACCAGCGAGGUCCUUGCCCGCAACGGCGGUGGCUCUGCUUCUCAGCCCUCUUCCGUCUCCAACAUGGAGGCCUAA